GGGAAGACACGCGCACCUGCAUCUCUCCCACUGACCGCUCAUUCACGAAAGGACACUGUCAUCUCCAACAGCUGAAUUUUCGCCACAUGGAGUUUUUUGUCUUGUUUUAUUUCUCCGUCUUUAUUCGCAAAAGUUUUGCCAAACUGUAAAUAAGGGUUUAGUCAUGCGUUUGUUUGAGCCGUAUUACUGAUGCGCAUCUCGCGCUCGGUCUCCGCGAGGAAUACAUCAGAAAAAUGGAAUAGGCGUUUUCUCUCUCCAUCUUCACAAUGGGAUUAUUCAAACUUUAUUUUCUGCUUUGUAUUGUUGGAGUUUGGUAUGUUUCAGGUUUCGAGAUUGACCCAACAUUACAUGUGGACAUCUUCCAAGAGUUUGAUCUUAUGAGGUCAAGUGCCGAAGCCUCUCAAGUCCAGGGGUUCCACAAUGAGAGCACGGCUUUUCUGUUUGAAGGCUCAUCAAGGAAUGCAAGGGCUUCCCUCAAGGCAGCAGAGCGAAUCCUUCAGAAGUUAAGAGGGAGAAAAGAGUUCACUCUUCUGCUGACCCUCAAACAGGAGAAACUGAGCUCUGGAGUGCUGCUGUCCAUCCACUAUGGGGAACAGAGGUUUCUGGAGGUAGAGAGCAGCGGUCUACGUAAUGAGAUCCGUCUCUUCUUUCAAACCGCAGACCAGCGACUGCAAAGAGAGGUCUUCCCCUAUAGUCUAGCAGAUGGACACUGGCACAAAGUGUCUUUGGCAUUCAGUGCCACUCAGGUGGUGCUCCAUAUUGACUGCAACAGAAUUUAUGAAAGAAUUGUGGAGACCCCAUAUAUGGACUUUCCUGGAGGAACAAACGUCUGGCUGGGUCAAAGGAAUGAUGCCCAUGGCUUCUUCAGGGGUGUGAUGCAAGAUGUUCAGUUGGUGGUUGUACCUCAUGGAUAUAUCGUCCAGUGUCCAGAUCUCAACCGUACUUGUCCCACAUGUAAUGAUUUCCAUGGCCUGGUGCAGAAAAUUAUGGAGCUUCAAGAUAUUCUGGCCAAAACAUCAAACAAGUUGGCACUUGCUGAAGAGAAGAUGAACUACUUGGAUGGCUGUUACUGUGAAAGGACAUGCAACCUGAAUGGAGAUAUAUACAGAGAGGACGAUGCCUGGAUAGAUGGGUGCAGAAACUGCACAUGCUCAAAUGGUACAGUGGAGUGUGAAAGUAUUUUCUGCCCACCACCCCAGUGCCCACCUGAUACAGCUCCAAUAUACAUGCCUGGAGCAUGCUGUAGAGAGUGCCUGCCUGUCUGUCUGUUCAGAGGAAGGGUGUACGUAGAAGGGGAUCGUAAAAGCAUACAUGACUCUGAGGGAAACUGUCUGCUAUUUGAGUGCAGGGAUCGAAGUAUGCGUAGAGUUGAGAUGGCUUCCUGUCCAGAACUGAACUGCCCCGAGUCAGAGCUGAUCACACUCACAGACCGCUGCUGCAAAGUGUGUAGAGGGCAUGAUUUCUGCACUGAGGGUCACAGCCUCAAUUGCGUAGAGAACUCUGACUGCAUUAAUCUAGAGGCAGGAGCUUCCUGCAGCUGCAAAGAGGGAUAUCAUCCACUCAGGGAUGACAGCGCUUAUUGCCGAGAUAUCGAUGAGUGUGCGGAUGGGAAACACUACUGCAGGGAGAACACAAUGUGUAUGAACACACCCGGCUCGUUUAUGUGUGUGUGUCACACCGGAUAUGUUCGUAUUGACGAUUACUCCUGCACAGAGCACGAUGAAUGUGUGCGUGGAUUGAAUACCUGUGAUGAGAAUGCUCUUUGCUUCAAUACGGUUGGUGGACACAGCUGCACCUGUAAACCAGGAUUUGUGGGUAACGGCACUAUCUGCAAAGCACUCUGUGAGGGUCAGUGUCUAAAUGGUGGUUCCUGCAAUGCUCCAGAUACCUGUGUCUGUCAGCAGGGCUUUACUGGAAAGAAAUGUGAGACAGACAUUGAUGAGUGCUUGGAUGGAUUUGUGGAGUGUGACAGUCGAGCCACUUGUGUCAACCUACCUGGCUGGUACCACUGCGAGUGCCGCGAUGGCUACCAUGACAACGGAAUGUUCUCAGCCAAUGGAGAGUCAUGUGAAGACAUCGAUGAAUGUGAGACAGGAAGGCACACUUGUGCUAAUGACACUGUGUGCUUUAACGUGGAUGGAGGAUAUGACUGCCGGUGUCCUCACGGAAAGAACUGCACAGGAGACUGCGCUCAUGAUGGAAAAGUGAAACACAACGGGCAGAUCUGGGUGCUGGAUGACGACAGGUGCUCAAUUUGCUCUUGUCAGUCAGGGCUGGUGAUGUGCAGACGGAUGGUGUGUGAUUGUGAGAAUCCCACAGUGGACCUGCUUUGCUGUCCUGAAUGUGACCCACGCAUCAGUUCUCAAUGUUUGCACCAGAACGGUCUGCUAGCUUACAGCAAUGGAGAAACCUGGGUGGAGAACUGCCAGCAGUGCCAGUGCAUGAGAGGAGAGGUAGACUGCUGGCCGAUAUUGUGUCCUACGGUCUCUGACUGUGAGUUUACAGUGGUUCCAGAGGGCGAGUGCUGUCCACGCUGUGUUAUGGACCCCUGCCUGGCCGACACCAUCCGAAAUGACAUCACCAAGACCUGCGUGGACGAGUACGGAGUCACUCGCUUCAGCGGCUCCGCUUGGACCAAACAUGGCACGGAGUGUUCCCUCUGCCAGUGCAAGAAUGGUCACAUCUGUUGCUCUGUGGAUCCUCUGUGCCUCUAGUUCUAUUCAAAUCCAAAAAUGGCUGAUCUGCUCUCUCUACACCGCAAAACCAAAACAUAUUCUUAAUGAGUAUAUUUGUCUUGUUUUCCAGUAAAAUAUCUAAGAGGUAAAAUUGCAUAAGAUACUUAGACUUGUUUUCAGAUAUUUUAACAUGAAUAUUAGUACAUUUUCCUAUAAUAAUGUUCACAUCAAAAUCUUAAAUUCAAAAUAUGUCAGUGCUACAAGACAAAAUGAUAGUUCACCCAAAAAUGAAAAAUCUCUCAUCAUUUACUCACUUUCAUGCCAUCCCAGAUGUGUAUGACUUUCUUUAUGCUGCUGAACACAAACAAAGAUUUUUAGAAAAUAUUUCAGCUCUGUUGGUCCAUACAGUGCAAGUAAAAUGUGCCCAGAUCUUUGAAGGUCCAAAAUGCACAUACAGGCUGCAUGAAGGUAAUCCAUAAUACUCCAGUGUUUAAAUCUUUAUCUUCAGAAGCGAUAUGAUAGGUGUGAGUGAAAAAAAGGUAAAUAUUUAAGUAUUUUUUACUAUAAAUCUCUACUUUCACUUUUACAUUCUUCGUCUUUUGUUUUUGGUGAUUCACAUUCUUUGUGCAUAUCACCACCUACUGGGCAGGGAGGAUAAUUUAUUGUAAAAAAGGACUUAAAUAUUGAUCUGUUUCUCAUCCACACCUAUCUUAUCGCUUCUGAAGAUUUGGAUUUAAACACUGGAGUCAUAUGGAUUACUUUUAUGCUGCCUUUAUGUGCUUUUUGGACCAUAAAAGUUCUGGCCACCAUUCACUUGAAUUGUUUUGACCUACAGUGCUGACGUAUUCUUCUAAAACUCUUGGAAAUAAAUAUUCCCUGAAAAAGUUUUACAUAUCAGGCAAAUAAAUAAAAUACAAAGAUACUCAUGAAAGAUAUGAUUUUUUGCAAAACAUUUCUUUCUCUUUCUUUCAUCUCCCAAGUCUACUCAUUCUUUCUCUUUCUCUGCUCCCUGUACAGUUUCAUCCCCUCAGAAGAACAUUUUAUACUAAAUCUUCAUGUGUUCUAUAACAUAAACAAUAUACAGAUGACUUAGUCCCUAAAGCACUCUUUUCAGCCACAUAACAAAAGAUAAAGAAGCAACCACCUGAUGACAGCAUCAUUUCAGCUUUGAGCAAUGUUGCAAAUUCGCUUGGCGUAUUUGAUGAUUUGUGUUUAAUUGUCAAUUAUCAACAAAUUUAUUGGAAAUCAUGAUGCAUUAUUAGGUCAAAUUUAGCAAAUCUCAUUCAGUUAUGACAGUGAUUUUGCUUAAUGGGUUCAGAAGACUGCAGACUUGGUAAGAACCCUUAAACUUCAUUUGUAAAUGACCAAAAGGCAGACGGGCAUUACCAGAGGCAGUGUUUAAUUCUUUCUGUAUUUAUGGUUGUUUAAGCUCCCUUACAGUGAAAUGAAUAUCUUGAUGUUGUGAAUUGUUUAUUUAAUGUGUUUGUUUCUCAUGUUGUUUAAAAUAUUUCUUUACUUUAAUGUUUUAAGUUGCACCUUAUGUAAAAAUGAUGUAUUGUUUUCUUCGAUGGCUUGGUACACUAUUGUGUCAUGGUGAAAUAAAAGGUUUCCACUG